AUGAUUUCCAAGAAGCGAACAGUUACUGAAGAAAAUCGUGUGAUGCAGGAAAAGUGGAAAAUAUCUUACUUUUUUGCUGAAGUGAAUGGAAAACCAACUUGUUUGAUUUGCAACCAAAUUAUAGCGGUGUCAAAAGAAUAUAACAUUCGGCAACAUUACACAAGCACUCAUGCUUCAAAGUAUGAUGUGUAUAGUGGAAAACUUCGUGAAGAAAAAGUAAAGACGCUAGAACAGUCUCUCAAAAGGCAGCAGUCAGUGUAUCAGCGUGUUCAUGAAGCCAGUGACACUGCAGUACGGGCAAAAAGAGUAAAUGAACUGUCAGAAAAUCUUAAUAGUCAGCUCAAAGAAAAAGUUGCUAAAUUUGUAGCAUUUUCUGUAGCAAUCGAUGAAAGUACAGACAUUACUGACAUAGCUCAACUAGCAGUGUUCAUACGUGGUGUUGAUGAAAAUAUGCAGGUAACUGAAGAAUUUGUGGAAUUAGUACCAAUGAAAGGAACAACAACAGGGGAUGAUAUAUUUGUGAGUUUGACUGGUGCACUUGAUAGGAUAGGUGUUGACUGGAAGAAAACUGUGAGUCUGACAACAGAUGGAGCAUCUCAAAUGGUUGGUAGAAAGGCUGGCGUGACAGCAAAGUUAAAGGAAAAACUACUCACCCUGAAUUCAGACCAUCAAAUUCACAGUGUUCAUUGCAUAAUUCACAGGGAAGUGCUUUGCAGAAAAAUAUUAAAGAUGGAUCACGUUAUGGAUGUUGUUGUCAAGGCAGUAAACUUUAUACGAGCGCGAGGUCUGAACCACAGACAGUUCAACUGCCUAUUGGAGGAAACUCACUCUCACGGUCUGCCUUAUCACACUGAUGUUCGUUGGUUAAGCCGGGGAAUUGUGCUGAAGCGCUUUUAUGAAUUAAGAAGUGAAAUACAAAGUUUCAUGCAUAACAAAGGAAGAAAUGUCCAGGAACUGAAAGACUAUGAUUGGCUUCAAGAUUUAGCCUUCAUGGUAGAUAUGACAGAACACUUGAAUUUGCUCAAUACAAGACUGCAAGGUCGCAAUAAAUUGGUGACAGACAUGCAUGAGUCCAUUCGUGCUUUUGAGGUGAAGCUCAAACUUUUUGAACGUCAACUAGCAGCGAAUAAUGCUGCACACUUUCCUACACUGAAAUCAUUGCAAAGCACACCUGAGUUUCGUGGAAUUAUCAGCAGAGAAAAGUACUGCAACAUGAUUUCCAAGUUACUGAACGAAUUUGGAGAAAGAUUUGCAGACUUAAAGAACCUUGAGAGUGAUUUCUCGAUCUUUCGAAAUCCUUUCGCUGCAAAUCCUGAUGAGACACCAGAGGAUAUUCAGUUAGAACUAAUUGAUCUUCAGUGCGAUUCUGCGUUGAAGGAAAAGUUCUCAAGUGUUGAUAUUGGUACAUUCUAUCAAUAUGUUGGGCCAAGAUAUCCUCGAAUCAAAUGUUUGGCAUCAAAGAUUAUGUCAAUGUUCGGCAGUACCUAUGUCUGUGAGCAACUCUUCUCACUGAUGAACUUGAACAAGUCUGGACUCAGGUCUCGGCUCACUAAUGAACACCUCAACUCAACACUGAAAGUAGCCAUUGCUCAGUCUCUGGCGCCAAACAUAGACGAACUUGUACAGACCAAGAGGUGCCAAGUUUCUGGGAGCAGCACGACCAGGAAUUAA